AUGGCGCCCCAAACGAGUGCAUCUUCUCCGACGCCUACUGUGCAGCUUUCGCGAGUGUCGCACGCGCAGAGCUCCGUAUCCGGGAGGUUGAUCACCCUUGCAAUCGUCCUCGGUUGCCUGAUCUUCGUCGUUCUCCUUGUGCUCGCCAUUGUACCUCUUGUGCGACGUCGCUUCUACAAACGCGUGCCAAAAACGAAGACGAUGGCCGACAUGAACGAGGCUCAAGAGAGAGUCAAGGUUCCCCAGCAGUAUCGAAAAGGACACAGACCAACUCAAUCGGAGAUCGUGGGUAUGAUGCCUCUACUUCCCAAUCCACCAAAUCGCCUUUCGGUCGUUAUGGAAGAAAGACCAUCAUAUUUGUCGACGGCAUCCCGAGACCGUCAAAUGUCCGCCUUCAUCAAUGUGAACUACGAAGGGGUCGUUGCAGAGUUUGAUCCGUACGCUUUAUCACGCCCGUCCUCUCGCGAACUCCUGCCAACUGCACCUCAACUGAUUGCCCCUGCCAUACCCAGUAGCACAUUCCGUGCUUUAUCUCCUCCUCCAAGGCUUCCUCCGCUCAUAAUACCCGGCCUAAACGACUCCCCAACCCCAAAGCCUACUCGAAAAGCAUCCACCAGAUCGGCUGCAGAAUCAGACGACUCCGCAUCCAUCUACUCACAAGCCUCUGCAUCCACCUACGUCGCAUAUAGAUCAAACGCACUUCCAUUCUCCGUAUCCUCAACACCGCCCGUCCCAGCUCUUCCCGAUUAUCUCAAGUCGCAAUCAGCGGCACCCCGACCCCUCACUGGCACGCUCACCCACCUUCCUUUGUUGCCGUCUAGCUCAUCGACGUCCUUCACAGAGAUUCCUUUAUCUACACCGGACGACGAAUCUACUCUCACACGUGGUGAUACCCUCUUCGUCGGACGACUCUUAAAAUCCCGAGCUAGGGAUGCCCCGAGUCCACCUUCUCGCUCAUCAACGCAAGUAUCCCGUAUCGAACGAGCCGGAUCUAUCAAGCCUGCCAUACCCGAAGAAGAAGAAGAGGGGCAAUACGGAUCUCGAUACCGGGUUAAGAACCGGGUCGGUAGGAGGAAGAUGAGGAUACAGGAGAAUAUCGGACCAAAACCCCCUAUGGGAACUCUAGCUGAGGCGUCUUCGCCCGAUCUCACUGAGCCUCCUGCAUCGCCUCCACACGCGUUUGGUAGGGAUGGGUCUUUAGUGGAUGGUCAGACGCCUGCGGUGCGUUACCCAUCCCUAGAGGAUCCCCCUUUCUACAGAGAGACGGCUCCUUUGAACAUUGUUGGUGCACAGGAGAAAGCGAGCGCCAGUUCGCAGUAA